UCUGCAGCAGAGGGCUGCAUGUCCUCCCACAGUUAUGAUACUCGACUCUACUGCGUUGGAGCAACUUUAUCAGCAACUUUUGAGUUCUUUGCUUUCAGUAGACAUGAACUCUAAACGGAAUUACACUACACAAGCUGUUUUUUUGUAGGUUAAGCUGCACAGAACAAGCGGUUUGGGAACUUCUGCAGACUUUAUCUUCAGUUUGCAUUUUUCCAGCAUUUCUCUUUGUUGCAGAAACAGAUGCGUCUUCCUGUUCAUAGUCGGAACCAUCUCACUGAACCCUGACUGCAUUUGGGAAACCAGUACACCAAGUAAAGACCACCAUGUCCCGUGAAGAAGACCCUUACAUCUUCUCCACCGACACUCUACCCAGCGACCGCCGAUUCCUCCCUCCACUGGCCAACGGGCUUCUGGGAUGGAGGGUGUACAACAAUAUCAUGCACAUGGGUGGUGUGUAUAACGGGGAGUUAGGGCGCUGCCACCGAGCAGAUGUCCCCUGUCCUCUGGCAGUGACGGUUGAGACAGAUGAACCAGCCCAGCACACCUACAGCCUGAACACCCACACAGGUAUUUUUACCCACAGUCUGAGCUCAGCAGGUGUAACGGUCUCACAGUCUCUGUAUUCACACCGACACUACCCCAACCUGAUGGUGAUGGAGAUUCUGUUGGUGCGUCAGGUGACGUCAGAGCAUCCAUUCACUGUUAAGCUGCUCACUUCAUUCACACCUGAAAGCAAAGACAUUGUCUUUGAGGCUGGUCCUGAAUACAAAGGAGCAAGCCACAUCCAAGGAAAGGUGACCACGGCUGAGUUCCCAGGAGGCACUUGUCCUGAGGUGCACCUAAUCUGGACCCCCAUACCCACCACUCUGACACUGCCCCCCGAGCAGAGCGAUGCCCGCUGGGGCUUCAUGCUGGUUGGGGCCAACAGUGUGGCGACCGCUGAGGCCAUUUUCGAUGAGGGCCUGAGUCUGAUGGCGAGUGGUAACCUGCGUCUGUCUCAUGAGAAGGCCUGGAAAGAACUGUGGCUGCAGAGCCAGGUGGAGGUGACGGGGUCAGAGACCCUCAGCAAAGCUCUGAUUGGCUGCAUGUUUUACCUCCUCAGCGCCUUCCCGUCCAUACAUGAUACUUCCAGCUCUUUUGGUGGAGUCAGUCCAGGCGGGCUGUCCAAUGGUGGGGAUGGUCAGGACUACUGGGGACACGUUUUCUGGGACCAGGACAUUUGGAUGUAUCCUGGCAUCGCACUCUUCUAUCCCAAGCUAGCCCGAGCUGUGCUGGAGUACAGGGUGGGGACUAUAGACGGUGCUAAAGACAACGCCCAAAAGCAGGGCUUUAAGGGCCUGAAGUUCCCAUGGGAGAGUGCUGUGUCAGGCAGAGAGGUGUGUCCAGAAGACAUUUAUGGACAACAGGAGAUUCACAUAAAUGGAGACGUCACCCUGGCCUUCCAACACUACUUCCACCUCACUGAGGACCUGUCCAUGUUCACAGAGGGUCAGGGCGCGGAGGUGAUAUACGGUGUGGCUGACUACUGGGUUUCUAGAGCAUCAUGGAACCCCGAAGACCAGAUGUACCAUCUCUUAGGUGUCAUGCCACCUGAUGAGUAUUAUUACAACGUCAACAACUCUGUGUACACGAACGCAGUGGCCAAAUUCAGUCUCCAGUUUGCUGUAGAAAUGGCUAACCUCCUCCAACAUCCUGCACCAAAGGAAUGGCAAGAAGUGGCCGAGCACCUCAAAAUACCAUUCGACAAAGAAUCCCAGUACCAUCCUGAGUUUGAUGGCUAUAUCAAAGGUCAUCCAGUGAAGCAGGCAGACACAGUGAUGUUGGGUUAUCCUCUGGGAUUACAAAUGUCCACAGAGAUCAGGAGGAAUGACCUCGAAGCGUACGAGCCAGUAACAGACCCUUAUGGACCAGCCAUGACGUGGGGCAUGUUCGCCAUCGGCUGGCUGGAGCUGGGGGAGGCUGAGAAAGCUCAACGCCUACUGGAGAAGAACUUCAAAAACAUCCAGGGACCGUUCCAGGUAUGGAGUGAAUCAUCAGAUGGCUCUGGUGCAGUCAACUUUCUCACGGGGAUGGGCGGGUUCCUGCAGGCUGUGCUGUUUGGCUAUACUGGCUUCAGGGUUCAGAAGGAUUGUCUGGCAUUUUCCACGCUUCUUCCCAAUGACAUUUCUGAGCUAUGCAUCCGUGGUGUGAACUACCUGGGCAGUCAGAUGGACUGGCUGCUGAGGAAAGAUGAAGUCUGUAUCAUACUGAGAAAGCAAGGAAACAGUGCAGGCAACACUAAGGCAUGUGAUCUGCAGGUUGUCCUGAAGGCAUCAGGAACUAAAAUCCCGCUCACACCAGGACAGCCAGUAACUUUUCCUCGAGAGCCUGGAUCUGUUUGCAAAGUGAUAUUGGAGUCUUCCUGUUGGCCUCUCUGAAACAAGCGACCAUGACCAUUGACCACUGACCAUUGACCAUGAUCAUUACAUUUACAGUACCCACAAUAUAAACAACAUAUGUCAAGCCAGUUAUUUCAUAUCUACACUACUAUAAUGUUUUUGUUGUUAUUCACUUGAGCAAUUAUGGACAAAAUAUAAGAAAUACUUACAGUAAUGUGCCAUGUUACAAAGCCAUUAACCGUUUAUAUUGUAAAUGAAAUAUAUUCAAAUAAAACUCCUUA